UUUGAAAGCACCCGCUUUUGAAUGAAAUGCCAUCUCAUCGUGAUUCAAUGGCUGUCACUGCAGACAGUUGAGCGAAAACACUGGGAUGGCUAGUACCCUUUCAGACCAGCUAGAGGAGGUACGAUGCCAUGCGGAAGCUUGUCUGUAUUCCACUGGCUCAGUGCUGGAGGUCCGUGCAGGAAUAUCAGCCAUGGCCAACAUACCCUUACCACCAUCGGUCAAAUACCGCUACAUUGCUGCGGAGACUAUGAUAAUUGAAAACGGCGUCAAUAACAACAGGAAAGAAACCAUAGGUUCCCUGCAGAGAUUGUCCACAGCACUGAACAUUCUGGAGAAGUAUGGCUGUAACCUCACCAGCUCCAGUAGGCCCAAGUACUGGCGUGCUGUCAAGCACAACAACCCCGUCUUCAGAGCAACAGUAGAUGCCAUUCAGGGAGGAAGGGCAGUGCUUUGUCUCUAUGGUUACUCCAAUCAGCAGCCAGACGGCCUGAGUUUCCCUGAUGAGGUCAUGGAGCCUAACAUUGAGAAGGUCGCAGCGGUCACCUUGGAGGUCAUGAGUCUACGCAUGGAACUGGACAUGCUCAUCAAGGAGGCUCACCCCCACCCAGAGUUCUUUGAGAGAAUUAUCCCAUCACUGAACCAACAGGAUGACUUCGGACCCAUUUCUGAUGCGGUAGCUAUUCCCUCCAGCCUCAGAGAGAGCCAGCCCCUGUACAUGUCUCUGGCUUCCCUGGCUCAGUCUCCCACUAGUGCCUUUCUUCCAGUACGGACUGCUAACGCCUCAACAUCCACCUCUAUCUCUACCAGACACACAGGUUGGAAGUGUGUGUGUGUGUAUUUUUUACAUCUGAAACUUGCAUUCAACUUUCCUUGUUUCUCUUCCCCUUUGCAGACAACUGCACUAUCUGUGCUAUAUUCCCAGUGGCUGCCCACUAUUCACUUCCUCCCUCUCUUUCCCAGCAGCUCCCUCCUGUCAUGGCACUGUACCCACUGUACCAGGGUCAACUCCAACCAGGACGUACUGUGUGAGACAUGUGAGAGACCACGCCUGGCCUCCUCUGGCUCUGCUAAGGAUGAGUUCCCACAGCCCUUCACCAUCACUGAGUGGCAGUGUAAAAGCUGUACGGUGGUGAACGCGGGCAGUAGUAUCCUGUGUGAGGUGUGUGAGCGCCCCCGCCUGGCCACCAAGCCUCCGGCAACCCCCACACGCCCCCCUCCUACACCCAACCGGCCUGCUGCUCCGGUACUGGGUAUGCCAGGAGACCCAGACAGCCAGUGGAUGUGUCAGUUCUGUACUUACAUCAAUUACACUCCAGCAUCAGUGUGUGAGAUGUGUGACCUCCCCCGCCCCGAGCCCGCCAAAAUGCGAGUCAAACUCCACCCUCCAUCCCAGGUCAAAAGGGUCCCCGUGCUGUCCGUCAAACCCAAAGACCCACCCAUGGAGGACCCUGAUUUGAGGAGACAGAAACUGAUGAGAGAGGAGGGGCUAAAGCUGAUCCAGCUCAUUAGAGAUGGAGAGAAGAAAGGAGUGAGUCCAGAGGAAGUGUACACAGGCAUGCGUGUCUCCGGGGACGGAAACAUCCUUCCCUGUGAUUGGCUCAAAGCAGAGCUACCUCACUUGCUCGACCAGAUCUGUGCCACGGCCUCUUCGUCUCGAGCAGCAGACCUGAAGGCCGGACAGAACCAGAACGGUACUGGUACUGCAGAGGAUACAGGUGUGGAGGAGGAGCAGACCAGAGGGAGAGGAGUGACCCUGUCCAGGGCUGAGGCCAAGCUGGCCUGGCUGUCUGCAGGGGGAGACACUGAGAGAGCAACGAAACAGGCUCUCAGAGACAGACACUCUAAGGUAAAGGAGCUGUGUUCUCUGGGGUUCACUGACGAGGUGCGGUGUCAGGAGGUUCUGAGGCAGAGCGAGGGAGAGGUGCGGGGGGCUCUGUCUCUGCUGCAGCGACCCCUCAUGGAGCCCUUCCACCAGCGCAUGUGGAGCGACCAACCUGAGCCACCCAUCGACAUCAACCACCCCGACAAACAGCGUGUAUGCCGGAGGCUGCUGGCGGUGUAUGACCUGCCCAGCUGGGGCCGCUGUGAGCUGGCCCUGUCCCUGCUGCAGGAGCGCACCGCCCCCUACACCCUAGACGACGUGGUACAGGCCGUACGCGAGUCACAUGACCGAGACUUCAUCCGCCGGGUGCUGGCCAAAGAGUGCCCCAUCUGCCUGUCAGACUUUCCCCACAGCAAGAUGCAGUCUCUGACCUCCUGUCAGUGCUCGGUGUGCUGUGGCUGUUUCCAGCAGCACUUCACUAUCGCAGUGAGAGACAAGCACAUCAGAGACAUGGUGUGUCCCGUCUGCUGGGAACCUGACAUCAACGACCCCGAACACCUCAACAGCUACUUCUCCACCCUGGACAUCCAGCUGCGGGAGUGUCUGGAGCCGGAAGUGUAUGAUCUGUUUCAUAAGAAGCUGACUGAACAAGCCCUCAUCAAGGACCCCAAGUUCCUCUGGUGUAGUCAUUGUUCCUAUGGGUUCAUCUAUGAUGGAGACCAACUGAAGGUCACCUGUUUCCAGUGCAGGAACAGCUUCUGCGCACAAUGCAAGAAACCUUGGGAGUCUCAGCACGGUGGUCUGUCGUGUGAACGGUACCAGUCCUGGAAGAGAGAGAAUGACCCAGAGUACCAGAGGCAAGGCCUGGCCGGAUACCUGCGUGACAACGGCAUCACAUGUCCAAACUGCAGGUUCCAGUAUGCCCUGUCCAAAGGAGGCUGUAUGCACUUCAGCUGCUCCCAGUGCAGGUACCAGUUCUGCAGCGGAUGCAACAACCCCUUCCACACUACUUGUGCAGUGAUCCAUUGUAGUGUGACAGGCCUGCAUGCCCAUCACCCUCGAGACUGUCUCUUCUACCUGAGGGACUGGGAGCCUGGCAGACUACAAGCCUUGCUGCAGAACAAGGGUGUUGAGUUCAAUACUGACACCCCUCCAGGAACUCAAGCAGGGCUGUGCGGAGUGAUAGAGCAGAAGGAUGAGAGUGGGCAGCAGACGGACUCGGCCUGUGGGGCUCAAACUCAGCCUGGCCAUGCAGGACUGUGCGAGAAACACUACAGAGAGUACUUGGUGAGCCUCAUCAAUGGCCAUUCCAUCGACCCGGCCCCUCUCUUCAAUGCCAACGAGCUGGUGCUGGCCUGUCGGAGAUACCAAGUGGAUGACGCCCGGGGGGAGCUGGAGGACGAUGUGACGUACUAUACUCGAAUACUGGAGAAACUUAUUGAUGAAGUACCACUUGGAGACAAGGUUCCACGGAAGAAAUGAAAACUACUUGUUUGUUCGUUGAAGUGUUUUUAGUAUUGAGUGUUGGGAUUUUGGCUCAAUAGGCCAUCAAAUGUGUUUGCGUCAAUGUGACUGUUACACCACACAGCAGAAAGCUAUGCUUACAUCCCCAUUAUUGUGCUACAGUUAUUUAUGAUUCUAUAUUAGGGCUAAAUGCUCAGUUGCACAUUCAUUUAAAACAGAGAUGUAUGCGAGUGGGUGUGUGGGUGUGUGCAUAACAUUUCAAGACUGAUAACAGGGUUACAGCUUAAAUAACCAGUUAUAUUUAGAGGCAUCGCUUCAUUGCACACAGUCUGGAGGUGCAUGCUCUUAAAUGUAUAUUUCUGUCUGGGGAAAAAAUGAUAUAUAUUUAAACACCCAAUAAACCACUAGAUUUUCACACCAACUCUAAUCUAGCACACCUGAUUCUAAUAAUUAACUGGUUUAUAUGCUGAAUCAGGUUAGUUAAAACAGGUUGAGCCGAAAACCUGCAGGAGGGUAGAACUCCAGGAACGGGGUUGGAGAGCCCUGCAAUAAACCAAAAGAUCAAUCAUCCACUAUGGUUCUGCAAUGCUUUUUAUCCAAAAUGUUCCUGGUAUGCUUGCUGUAAGGGAGGUAGUUGUGUCCUCAGAGUAACUGCAGGGUUGACAUAGUUACUGGAAUUUUUUGGGGGGGAUUGGAUCAGUACAGCCCCAGAGGUAGGAUUCUGCUUCAAGACUGGACAUUUUGAAACUGGAGAUUGUUUCCCCUCCAGGUAUCAUUGUGAAGUAUUUCUACAGUAAAUAAAUCAUACACAAUCAUUAACAAUAAACUUCAGAUUUUACUUGAGAUAUUAAUUGUUUUCCCUUAAUUGCGUUUGUCUUCAGUGUCAGUGAAUUAUGACUGAAUAUCACUUUGUGUAAGUUGGCUAUGACUAAU